AUGUCAAAUAACGCAGAUUAUAAACUCAUUUACUGGCCUAUCCCCGGCCGCGGCGAGUUCAUACGUUUGUGUCUCGAGCACGCCGGCGCUAGCUGGACAGACACGCCUGGCGGAGUAGACGAGGUGCUUUCGUACGUGAAUGGCAGUGCCGACCUCGGCGCGAACCCCGCUCCACUUGCCCCGCCGAUCCUGAAAGACGAGAAGAAUGGCGUCAUACUCUCGCAAACUGCCGCCAUCCUCAUGUACAUGGCACCCAAAUUGGGUCUAGACGGCGGGAAACAACACAUGCAUACAGCGCAACACGCACUCACUGGGCUCGACUUCAAUGACGAAGUGCACAACACGCACCACCCCAUCGGCUCAGCACUCUACUACGAGGACCAGAAGAACGAGGCUGCGCGCUACACGGAAGUGUUCCGCAGGGAGCGCAUUCCCAAGUUCCUCACCUACCUCGAUACGAAUCUUGGGAGAAACACACAAACUGACAAGCAUCUCACUGGAGAUUCCAUUACUUACGCCGAUUACGUCUGGUGGCAGGUGCUAGACGGCCUCUUUUACUCCUUCCCUAAGCGCAUGCACGCCCUUCUGCCAACUUACACCAACAUCAAGCCUUUCUACGAUAACAUCAAGUCACAGCCACGCAUAGCUGCGUACCUGGCCUCUGAAAGAAGGCUGCCAUACUCGCAAGGUGUUUUCAGAUAUUAUGCUGAGCUUGACAAAGCGUGA